AUGGCCAUGGAUUCGAAGGAUCAGGGAGCCGAGAAGGCGCGCGCAGCGUGGCACCAAGGUCACAAAUACCGCAAGCAGUUGCUCAAGCUACUGGAGCAAUCGAAGGAGAAAUCGCGAAACGGCCUGGAUACAGCGCAUCUCGACGCGGUCGAUCAAUCCCUCGAGCAGUGUCGGCUAGCUUGUGUUACUACUAUUUUUCUCGACUUCGAAUACGCAGCGACUGAACACAUCGAUGACGUCCUUUGGGGUCUCCAUGUGAGCAUAAGAGCCGAAUACCGGCGCUUGGUAAACGCGCUGCGCACCGACAAGCGUGUCGUGGAGCAGCGCAAGGUCGAGGCCAAAUAUGGUCAUUUCCUGCGCAUCGCCCAGAAGUUCUAUAAAGGCUACAUUCAACACUUGUCGGCUCGAUACGAGAUCAAGGAGCUCAAGCGAGUGGCCAAGAGUAUCCAAGCUGAGGAUAUUCCAGCCAAGGACGUCCUCUCCCCCGAUGGCGACCUUGGCCAUAAGGUGCUCGUGUCUUGCUACCAGACCUUGAUUCACCUGGGAGAUCUGUCGCGCUAUCGAGUCGAGGCCAAACAAAAGAAGACGUACGACACAGCGCAAGCCUUCUACAGUGUUGCGCAUGACCUCAUGCCCGAGUCCGGGCAUGCAUAUCAUCAAAUGGGCAUAGUGAGUCAAGACGAAAACAACCGCCUUGACCUACUGUACCAUAUCUACCGCGCGCUGGCUGUGAAGGAACCGCACCCAAAGGCACGGGAACACCUCGAGGGCAAGUUCAAGGCAAUCAAAGGGCAGCACGCCAGUCCUCGCGGCAAAGCACCUUCUUCUGCACACGAUGCCCUGAUCCUUUGGUUCUUCAAGCUCCAUGCGCUGUUUUAUAAAGGAGAGCCUGUCAGCACCCAGUAUAACGAGCUAGAGCGAGAGGUCAUUCACCGGCUCAGCUCAGCUAUCAAGGAUUCCAGCUUCUCCUUGUCUAUCCUGAAGAUGGCGCUUGUGAACAUGUCUGCUUGUCACACUGCGUCUUCUACCGCUGGAACAGCUGCAAACAAGACCACACAGUCGUCCUUCUUUCAGUACACGCUUCACUUCAACGCUCGUUUCAUUCUCAAAAUUUGCGAAGUCAUCGAGAGUGCCUUCGAAUCAAUGCACGCACUCCAGCCGGACGACCCUACCGCGGCUAAACAGACCGGCGAGCACCAAGCUGUGAUCAUGGCUGUCUUGCCCGUACUCCGUGUCUAUGGGAUGUGGAUCGCUGGGCAUAUCCCUGAGCUGUUCCGGUCACCGCUCGCACCUCGCAAUGUUUUGCCGCCUCUUAUGCGAAGUCUGGCAAAAAUCCUCACCUUCUUCUGCCGAGAAGUGGACGCCAACACCCAGGACCUGGAUACAUGCCCGUAUCUCCUCCAGGAGGACAUUGAGAUUCGCGGGCUUCGACCUCUUGAUGCUGACAGAGUACCCCUGGGAUGUCUGAGCUACUACAAGCGGCAAGGAGUUAUCAAGCCCCAUCUUGAAUCGACAGACCAACGUCUAGACCCUGUGAAAGAGUCUCGCUGUCGGCUGUUCGACAUUCUCCGUUGUGGCUACAUUUUGGCGAAGGAAGUCGAUGUUCCUCUGGCUCAUCCAUACAUCGAUGGCAACCUUGUCUUCAUAUACGAGCCCGAUUCGCAGGCUGAUGAGCCGUUGCGACAGGCCGUGACCGCGCAGACAACAGCUGGCAGUGAUGUAGAGACCGUCUCAGCGCCCUCUUCGCAACCUUCGAAGGAUACGGUCACAGUCCAGAACACCGUUGCGCCCGCCGCUGCGUCAAUGGCACAGGAUCCAGCAGAGCAGCAGUCAUCGCUUGAGGAUAAGCACAUGGAACAAAUGGACAAGACCGUGGCCGACAUGCUGUCUCCAUUCAUGGAUAGCCCGGGCUCGAGAGCUGAGCGCCAGGAGUCGUCGUCGUACGGUAUGCACACGGCGUCGGCCAACGACGUCGCGCAGCAGCUCCUGAACCUUUUCCAGCCCGCCAAGGACGGACCAACUCCCUACUACCAGUCUCUGUCGCCUGGUACCUAUCAUUCCUCGCCGUGGGGCCAGUACAUCUCAAGUGCCUCGCCAGGGACUCAAAGCAAACCAGGCUCGGGGCAAAGGUCCGCAUCAGUGAAUGUGCCCUCUGUAUCGUCUCCUCGAGGAUCUUACCUCGAGGGUGCGGAUGAGGAUUCAUUCAAUAACCUUCAGCAUCAGUACAUCAACGCGCCCAGCGCCGCCGCGUCGAGCACCAUGUACACCAAUGCGAACGCAUACGGCACACCAGGUCGCGCGGCUACUGCUGUAGGUUCUCGCGGUGGCAUCGGACCAUCCGGUUCCUAUGACUGGCCUCGUUCGCCCCUGCAUGCGGCGCACCACUUUGACCCGCCUGAACAAGCCUCAACCGCGUACCCUCUUUCGUCCGCCUACUCGGCCUUCACGAAUGUGAGCAGCGUCUACCAGGGCACCCCUGUGUUCGGUACUGGCUAUGCUGAUAGCUACCGCCCUGCCGCUCAAAAUGGCACCCAGUUUGCCAGUGAUCCCAACGGACAUAAGGCAACAUCUCCCGGUGCGGCUCGAAUACAGCCUCGACAGGACCGCACGCAGACCUCGGCAUCGACAUAUGAUUCUAGGAUUUUUGAGGCGGCUAUGCAAGGCAAGAAGUGA